CGAUUUCACUUUUCGCCCCCGCAAGACGAGAUCUGAGUUGAGAAUAUGCCCCUGAAUUUCACCAAUUGGCUCAUUGCCCUCGCCGCGCUCGGCCUCAGCUUGGGCGCCUUACUUCAGCUUAUCGCGAAGGCGAUCUACAAUCUCUACUUUCACCCUUUAGCCCACAUUCCGGGACCUUUCUGGGCAAGAGCAAGUGGUAUUCCGUCAUGGCUACAUGCUAUUCGCGGCACGAGGCACAUCUGGCUUUGGCAGCAAUUCCAGAUCUACGGCGAUAGGAUCCGCCCGAACCCUAACACGGUUCUGUUCUGUGACCCCGAAGCCUACGCCGACAUCUACGGCAUGAAGUCCAAUGUGCGAAGGAGCCAUUUCUAUACAGCCCUCAAGAGAAACAGCCGCGAAAACACUACAUUAAAUACCAUUGACGUUGCAGAGCAUGCCGGCAGGCGCAAGCUGCUGAAUCUCUGCUUCACCGAGAAGUCGCUCCAUACACUUGUCUUCGACAUAAUGGGUGAUCUUUGCUUUGGUAGGUCGUUCGACAUCAAGGAGCCGGGAGAGAACCCGUUGAAGGCGGUCCCGCACUUCAUUGCCGAGUACAUGAAAUUCUACUAUCCCAUGUGCCGCUCCCCAUUUCUCAAUCUCCUGGUCUGGCUCAAGCCCCGUGGUCUCAACCGGCUCUUUGAGCUUAUCGCUCCGCCCAACGUCCGGCACUACAACGACUUUGUCCAUAGCAGCGUUACCUCCCGGAUCGCCCUGCAGGAGAAACAAGCGUCCCUGCCCGAGCACGAGCGGCGCCAGGACAUGUUCUACUUCCUGGCCAACGCCCGUGAUCCCGAUACGGGGUUGCCCGUCUACCAGGAGGACGACCUACGAGCCGAGUCCAGCCUCCUCAUCAUAGCCGGGUUCGAUACCACAGCCGUCAGUCUGUCUGGCAUCUUCUUUUACCUCACUGGCGAUCCCCGCCGACUGCAAAAGCUUGUGGACGAGAUACGCACGACGUUCGCCUCGACGGACGAAAUCGUCCACGGGCCAAAGCUGCUCGGCUGCGAGUACCUCAGAGCGUUCAUCGACGAAGGAAUGCGCCUCACCCCGUCCGGGCCCUGCGAGCUCCCGCGCGAGGUGCUUCGCGGCGGCAUUCUAAUCAAGGGAGAGUACUAUCCGGAAGGAACCGUCGUGGCCACGGUACCGUGGGUUAGCUCGCGCAACAGCAACGUGUUUGGGGAUGCCGAGGUGUUCCGGCCGGAGCGAUGGAUCGUCGACGAGUCUGCCGGCGUGACCAAAGAGACAAUCAUGAUUACUGUCGCACGAACGCUGCACCGGCUGGACGUGAGGAGGGCCCCGGGGUCUACGUUUGGGGGAGGCAGUCCUAAACUCGGGUGGGGCGCCAGUGACCCAGGGCAGUUCCAGCUGGUGGACGCCUAUAUUUCGCUGAGAAAAGGGCCCGAGGUGCAGUUUAGGAAGAGGGUUGUCUGA